AUGUUAUUGAUUGUUCUUGUUGAUAUUGUGAUAUCAAAUCAUUUAGUUGUGGAUUUGUCAUCUGAUUUAAUAACUCACAUUGAAACACCAGUUAAUGAAAAAACUAUUAUUAAAACGGAUAUUUACACUCAUUAUAAUUAUACAAUAUACAAGUCAUGUUGCUCCGACAAUACUUACACAUAUAAAUCAACAACACCAACACCUAUAUAUACAGACUUUUAUUUUGAAGAAGGAGUCGUUCUAGAAAAACUGUUUCUUCAUACAACAAACACGCAAGAAAGAUUUUAUAUUAAUGAUACAAACAUGCCAGAUGGACUUUCGGUUAUUUUAGGGUGUGAGGAUAGUUGUAGACCAAAUUCAAAUAAUAUGUAUCGUCCAACCGUGGAACCUAUAACCAAAGGAAUUGCAUUAUAUUCUUAUGGAAAUGCAAAUUUGUAUGUUUACAAACGCCUAAAUGAACUUUUCUUAUUUGUGAACGGCACAAAACCAUCUGACAUAUUUUUUAGUUUUUCGCUUGACUAUAUUUAUAAUGACAAUUAUUAUAGUAUACCAAGGUAUGCAGCGACUGGUUAUUUUGAUAUGAUUUUCUUUUACGAUAGUGGUAAUGUAAAAAAAUAUAGUGUAUGUGCAAAAAAUAAUGGAACGAUUCAAAGAUAUAUAUUUACAACACAAACUAUUGAAUAUCAAGAUUGUACUUGUUCUUCUGUGGACAAUAACAAUAACAUUAAUUUCCAAACGAAAUUUAAUUAUCCAGACUGUAACUACAACGGCUCUCUUUAUGAUCUCAAUUUAGAAACAAUCUUUAGUGUUGAUAAUAAUAAAAAAAGUUACGACUUUGGACUGUCGAUGUGGAAUUCGUUGAUGAUAUCAGAAAAUGUUUUGUACAUUUUUAACUCUACAAAUAAUCAAAUAUUAACAUUAAAUGAAUUCAAAAUGUCGAGUGGUUUUUCAGUCUAUUUUGAUGUGGAAACAGUUAUCAAAAGUUUAACGAUAACUUCAAAAGGAAAUUACACAUUUAACAAACCAGUCACAAUCGUGACUUACACUCUCAGUGAUAUUGUAAAAAAUCAAAUUCUCUUCUACAUUAAUUCAACAUAUAAUAAUCAUAUUCAAACACCACUUACAGUAUGUGGAAAUCGAGUAAUCCAUGAAAAUUGUAUUAACAUUCUUUGUGACUGUGAAUACAACGAAAACAAAACCUUUACUUUUCGAGGUGAAAUUAUGACCGACUGCACAAAAAACCCACGCACCAACUUGAAAUUGAUUAUAAAACAUACCAAAUAUACCAUUCAAAACAACGAAAACUGGGGAGUUAUAAAUUGUUCUGAUAAAGCUGUGAUAUCUUCCACAAGCAACAAUGUUAAUAUCAAUUCAAAUCAUUGCAUGUUCACUGAAACUAUUUAUUUAGAAGCAAAUGUUAUUUGUAACUAUUUAAUUAUAGUUGACAACUUCACUUCAAAUAAAUAUAGUUUGUCUAUUGCAAAUGUUAAAAUUGUAGAUGAGAUUUCUGGAAUAAAUCAAAAUGGAAUUAUACAAAUAAAAGGCGGCAAACUAUCAUCACAUUAUUCAAAUCAAAACAUUUCAUUGAUUUUUCCUGUCAUUGGAAGUUCAACAAAAUGCAUUGACUUUGUCUCGUCUUCCACACCACUGAAUGAUUUUCCAUUUGAAUUCGAUUCAACAAAAAUAUUAUUAGGAAGUAAAUUGUAUCGUAUUUGUUAUGGAGGGGACAACGAUUUUGAUUACACAAUUCAAUGCAAUUUAACAGGAAGUAUUUAUUCAUCAUUCCAAAGUUACCAAGAUGAGGUGUUGCAUUGUCCUGUUAAUAAUAUCAAUACAACUGUUAUAGUGUCAACCAAUGUAGUUGAUUUGAAUGAGUUGUUUUCUGGUACUUUUGAUCAACAAGAAACGGUAACAAAGUUCAAAUUUGAAAAACGUUCUAAUUAUAGUUUCAAAGAUUCUACAAAAACUGUUUUAUUUGUUCAAGACGAAUCCGUGGAAGGAAACAUUCUAAACAUUCAAACAAGUUUAAUAAAACUGUUGCUUGGAAAUAAAUACAAAUUUGCAAAUACAAUAAAUUCAAAUAAUUUAAAAAAUGGCAAUGAAUACAUUUCAAUUGAGCACAAUUCGUCUAAUAAGUGCAAUUCAUUAUUAUUAACUCAUUUAAAUUCGAAGUGCUUACACUGUGAUCAGUCGUUUUUAGCCAAUGGAAAAUGUCUUGAUUUCAGUGACAAAUGCGUUUCUCGACAACGAAAUGGAACAACCACAUAUUGUGAAGAGUGUGAAAGUGGGUUUGAACCUUACAAAGAAAAAUGCAAUAAAUGUCCUGAUCACUGCCUUCGAUGUUCCAACUCGAAUUGUUUGCUUUGCGAAGUAAAUUAUCGAAUAAACUCGUCAUUUGGAUGCUCAGAAGUUGAAAAUAAAUAUACCACAUUAUUGUUCUAUAAUAUAUCACGUGUUUACAAAUGUAAAGAAGGGUAUUAUAACACAAAAAAUAAUUGUACAAAUGUGCCCACAAAAUGUGUUUCUUAUGCAGAAGAAACCAAAUGCAAAAUUUGCAAAUCAAAUGAAAUUUUGAAUACUGAAGAGACUUGUUCGACACUAAGUGGGGUUAUAACAACAAACAACAAAGUUCCACUAAUUUGUAAACCCUCGUAUUAUUUAUUUAACAACACGUGUAAACUGUGUAAUGAGACGUUUGGUGAUUUGUGUCAAAGAUGCACGAAACACAGUUGUGUAUUUUGUGGGUUAACAGGUGUUGUUAAUUCUGAAGGAUAUUGUUUAUCGCUUGAUACAAGUGAGUGUAUAACAAGUUUUAAUACAUUUUGUAGUGGCUGUUCAGACAAAUCCGAUUUCAUCAAAAAUGAUGUUUGCAUUCAAAAUAUCAACAAUUGUGAUGUUACAAAUUUGAAUGGCAAAUGUGUGAAUUGUGUGAAUGGGUUUUAUCUUGAUUAUAAUACACAAACGUGUGUCUCAACACAGCAAACAAUGAACGAUUGUGAGACUUUGUAUUUCAAAGGCGAUCGUUGUGUUCGGUGCAAAUCGACGUUUUAUCUCACUGAGAAUCACAUGUGUUUGAACUGUUCUGAAAAUUGUUUAACUUGCACUUCAAAUACAAAUUGCAUAUUGUGUGACAACAAUUAUAUAGUCAAAAAUGGGUUUUGUGUUUCAGGAACUGAUGUGUCAGACAACUGCAGCAAAGUAGUGACAGGCACUUCGAUAUGCGCUCUCUGUGUAUCAAAGACGUUUAGAAAUGAAAAUGGAAAGUGUGAAAAUUGCUUGGAGAAUUGUGUUGAAUGUCGAAAUAUCAAAACGUGUACGUUUUGUGAGUCGAAUUACUUGUUACUCACAAAUUCAAGUGCUUGUAUUUCGUACGAUAAUUUGACUAAUUGUGAAGAUAAAAGUGUUCGUGGGUGUUUAAAGUGUUCCUCUGGCUAUUUCGUUGAAAAUCAAUUUUGUUAUUCUUGUGACUCCAAAACGACAAAUUGUGAAACUUGCAAUUCUGUUGGGAAGUGCACGUCGUGUAAAAAUGACUUUAUUCUUAAUGAAUCAUCUGAAUGUGUAUCAAAGAGUCAAGUGGAUAAUUGUAUUAAAGUCUCGGAUUCAAAGUGUACCAAAUGUACUUUUUGGCAUGUUCCAGACAACACAAAGACGAAAUGUAUUGCUCAAGUAGUUUGGUGGGUCAUUCUUUUAUGUGUUCUGUUUGUUAUAGUCAUUUUUAUUAUAAUCAUUGCAUUGUCCAUCUUCAUUUUCAUUGUAAUUUUGAACCACCGCAAGACAGAAAAGUUACGAGAGAAGUAUUGCUUAUUUGAUAUGAAAAAUACGAACAUUGAUUUUGUCAAAACUGAUAUAGUUGAUAUAGUUGUCAACAAGACGUGUAUUGAAUUUUGUGGAGCGACAGAAGAAACAAGUAGAAUACCUGUUGCCACUGAAAGUCGUGAAUUGAUAUGUGUUGGAAAUGUCGGUAAAAAUGUCAUCAAAGUGCAAUUCAGUCUGAAAGAUAAUUGCACAAAAUACUCAAUUCGAACUGAACCAAAAAUCAUGACAAUCCCAAAAGGAAACGCAAUCGAAUUUGAAGUUUUUUUAACACCUAAUUACUCGUGUAUAAUAGAAGACAAAAUCGUGUUAAUCUCUGCUAAUUUAAAGAAGGGAGAAACGUCACAAAUUUACAUAGAAACAAAGACGGAGACGGAGAUGUCAACUCGAUUAGACCCAGACGAGCUGAUUGAAGAGAAACAACUUGGGGAAGGCUCAUUUGGUGUGGUUUACAAAGGCAAAUUCCGAACUAAUGAAGUUGCUAUAAAGAAGAUGAAAGAGUUUGGAAAUGACAGAACAAAAGUCGACGAGUUUGAGAAGGAAGUCUCGAUGUUAGACAAGUUCCGCAGUGACUAUAUCGUCAACUUUUAUGGAGCUGUAUUUAUACCAAAUAAGAUAUGUAUGGUCACUGAAUUUGCUAAAUAUGGAAGUCUAAAUGACUUGAUCAAACACAGAAAAGAUGGUGUACAAGAAGACAUUAAAAUGAAGAUCAUACAUGAUAUGACAAAAGGUUUACUUUACUUACACAAAAAUGGCAUUGUUCAUAGAGAUAUCAAACCAGACAAUUUAUUGGUAUUUUCACUUGAUUUAAAUGAUACAGUGAAUGCCAAAUUGACUGAUUUUGGAAGUGCCAGAAAUAUCAAUUUACUGAUGACUAACAUGACUUUCACAAAAGGAAUUGGAACACCAACUUACAUGGCUCCUGAAGUGUUGGAACAAGAAAAAUACAAAAAGAGUGCUGAUAUUUAUUCAUUUGGUAUAACAUUUUAUGAAACAUUAAAAUGGGGAGAAGCAUAUGACAAAAAGGAAUUCAAAUUUCCAUGGAAAAUAGCCGAGUUUGUAAUUUCAGGAAAAAGACUUGAUAAAAAGGAAAAUAUGAGUGAAAAUCAUUUCAAAUUGAUACAAAAUUGUUGGAGCCAACGACCAAAUGAUAGGCCUAAUAUUGAUGAAGUUGUAAAAAAAUUGGAAGCCAUUUAA